CGCCGCGCGGGGCGGGAACCACUCCAUCCGCCGCCGACCCGGAAGCGCCGCGGCUCCAUGGCGCGGAACGUGCUGUACCCCCUGUACCAGCUGGGGGGCCCCCAGCUCCGUGUAUUUCGGACCAAUUUCUUCAUCCGGCUGGUGCGUCCUGGCACGGCGCAGCCUGAGGACACUGUGCAGUUCCAGAUCCCCAUGGAGAUGACCAGGGUGGACCUGAAGAACUACCUGCAGAGCAUCUACAACGUGCCCGUGGCGGCGGUGCGAACACGGGUGCAGCAUGGCUGCAACAGGAAGCGAGAUCACAGGAACGUGCGGGUGAAGAAGCCCGACUCCAAGGUGGCCUACGUGCAGCUGGCUCACGGACAGACCUUCACCUUCCCUGAGCUGUUCCCCGAGAAGGCGCCACAGGCUGGGGAGCAGGGUGCCCAGGAGCAGUUUCUGCAGCAGGAACAGCAGCGCGUGCGCGUGGACCCCCGGCGUGGCGGUGUCCCCGGCUGGUUCAGCCUGUGAUGGGUGGUGGACCCCCCACCCUCGCCGGGACAGCUCCAAUAAAAGUCGUGCUGAGCCGAGAA